GCUGUGCUGCUUCAGGAGAAGCUGUCCUUUCCCGAGAGCCGCUUGUGACUGGGGUAGGGAAAAAAGAUGACUUCUGCCAAGAAACUGACAUCAAGUCUGAACACUGAAUAAAACCAAUCUCCUCAUCUGCCUCUCUGCGCAAAUCCUGGCAACCCAGUGUUUUCAUGUAUGCUGGACCUCAAAACCCUCAUGACCAAUGCUUCUUUGACAAAGCCUCAGGUUCAGUUUAAAACAACUUCAAGUGAAUAUGGUGCUGUACCACCUAUCUCACACAUGGUACCCUGUAUUUAUCAUCCAGUGGAUCAAACCUUUUCAAAACAUUUACUCACCAGUAGGUCAUUUCAAGAGUUAAACACUGCCAUCAACAGAAGUAGGGUCAUAUAUGACUACCUCAUUUCCAGCAUACUCUGUCAAACUGCAUCUCCAUCUUUUUGUCAUAGACUUAGCCUAGACACUUAG